CGGCCGAGUGUGUGUGUGAGAUGUGAGAGAGAGAGAGAAUAGUGCUGCGAGCCGAUCGGUUGGCUGUGUUAUGAAAGGUGAGAGAGAAAAAUGGAUCUCGCUUGUGUCACUGGAAUGUUAGUGCUCGGCUGCUUCGGCAAUUUACUGCGUUUCUAGACUCUGGGCGAAGCUGUGGCGUCGCGCGGAGUGCGGAAAAGGCCGACUCGCCCUCGUUUCGGCGUCUCCGGUGCGAAAAGCAAGCCUGCAGCGAGAUCAAGCAAGAGACCACCAACGGCCGCAAGCAGCUCUGCUCGCCAAAGUUGAGAGAAGCAAGAAAGAAAUUGUUCGUCGGCCACGUUAGGGCGUCGACGCUGCACCUGCAGAUGCGGCUCAAUAUCGUUCUUCGACCGAGCGUUAUCGCGGCCACGGCGGACUAGCGGUUCCAGCCAUUUCACUCUUGACAAUUACAGCGAGGACUUGGGUGUCAGGCGGAACAUGCACUGCUCCGCCUCCACGAAAGUCUCAAAACUCGAAAAAUAAUUCCAAUUCCCGAGUGAUGGUAUCUCCUUCCAAGAAGAGGAAAUUCGACAGCAAAACUCUGACCAAACCGAUAAACAACAUCAAAACAGGUGAUUUGAAAAUCAAAAGGACCGCCAGGCCAUUAGUCGACUACAGAUUUUAUUUGGACUUGAAAAAUCAUGCCACAGCUGCGAAAAUCGAGACCAGGCUAAAAACCUUGGGAGCCGUCGUUGAUGAUUUUCUGGCCAAAGAGGUGAAAUACGUGGUCAGCGAUCGACCUGAGUGGACCGCAGAGGGCAGGUUGACUUGUGCUUUGGGACAAUGGCCAUCGGCACUCACCGCCUCACCCAUUGUUGCAGCUGAAGAGGGCAGGAGGCGAGCUCAGAAAUCGCGGGCGGAUGCCAUGCUUGAAAAGGCCAAACUCCAGCACACAAAUCUGAGCUCAGUUGAUCCACUGGAAAAUGCUAGCAGAUGGGGAAUCCCAAUUUGGCCACUAGAAAAAUUAUCUAAGUGGCUAGAGAAGAUUGAAAACAGUCUUCAGACCAACGUGCCAACGUUGAGAAUCAGACCUUUCAAGGGUCCAUUCAUUAAAAUAGAAGAUAUCAACAAGCGAUACCGGCCUCUUUACGGGAGUCUUGCAUCGUGGCCAUCCAUUAAUUUGGACUACGGUUGCCCCUUCAGCACGCCAAAACUUGUACCUGGAAAAGUCGAACACUCAAGAAAUGCUCCCAAAGCUGGAAAUUGCCAGCAGGGAGAGCAAAGAAUGACCCGCAAGUCAAGAGUGCCAAAGCCUGAGGAAAAAGCAAAGGCUCCUGAGGUCUUGUACCCGGGCUAUUGCGAGAUUUGCGAGGUUGAUUACGUCGACCUCAAGCAACAUUUGCUGAGCAGCACACACAUAACGUACACAGAGGACUUAAGCAAUUACGAGGACCUUGACAACCUCAUCAAGCAGUCUUCAACAGUAGAGGAGCUGCUAAAGUCAAGUCAACCGAGGAGGUCUCCUAGGGUGGCUGUGGCACCAGGGCCACAGGAUCAGACUGACGAGAAGGAAAUGCGUAAAUUGCCCAUUCCACUCUGUAAUGGCCAGUUGAGGCGUAGCAGCCUCCGCCAAGCAGAAAACAAAGCGAAGAAAGAGUCGUCAGAGACGAAUGGUAAGAAGGACGACUUUAUACACAAUUUGCGAAAACGCUAUCCAGACAGCUGCUGCCAGCGACGGCUCCGUAGCAGAAACUCCGAAGAUUCAGGCCAAGACUCAUCUGAUGAGAUGGGUGGAGCAGAAUCAAAGCCAAAGACUGAAGAGCUGAAUGGAAAGACGCAUUCUUCCGAAGAGGAAUCCUCAUGCAGCUCAGGUCGAGUCAUCAAACGCAAACGCCUAUCUGUAGAGGAGAAACUUCUGGAGGACAACAAAGAAUACUACAAGCUCGAGGUCAAAAACGCAAAGCUGCGUUCAAGUGGCUUCCUGUGCCAAAUCAAUAAGGUUGAGUAUGAUGAUGAAUGUGCAAAUCAUGUGCCGUCCACACCUCUGGCUGAGCAACUUUCAAGCAUCAAAGAGGAAGCUGAUAAUCCAAAACGCCGCCGAACCUGCCACGAGACUGCUAAGACUGACCAUGUUCCCGAGUGUGCUGAAGAUUUGCACUUCAGCUUUGAAACAGAACCCUUCAGUGAACCCUGGUUUUCGACAUACCAGCGGCAAGACGACCUGUGUGAGUUUCUUGAAGGCUUUGACGACUUUCGCUUCCGGAAGCGACUUGUGCUUCCUUACGAGAUGCCCGAGUUCCAAAGAGCAACAGCCUCUAAAAGCAGGACAAAGUUUGCUGCUCAGAGGAAAAAGUACACUGCUCGAAGCAGGGCCAUGCAGUUGGUGGCAGAUGCCAAAAACCCCAGAAAGUCUCCUCGCUGUCACGCUUCAACACUUGCAAUUCUUUCCAAUCUGGUAGGAAGAAGGAGGCGAAGUUUUGGCGUGUCACCAGAAUCGACAGAAACUGUUUCUGCCCCGCCAGAGAUCACUGCUGAAAAUGUGGACAAGACUCUGGAUGAAAUGUUAGCCUCUCCAGCAACGCCUGAUGUUUCUCCGACAGGUCGGGUCAGGAGAAAAUCCACCAGGAGGGCAUUGGCAGAUGAAGGAGCCGAGGGAGACGACCUUGCUGCUGAACUUGCUAGAACAGCUCCUUUAGAUGCUGUGGCUUUCAAGUCAGAGUUGGACCCAUUGCGUCUUGUUGAAGAUUUCCAUAAUUGUAGGUGCACCCAGGACAUCAAACCUAUCUUCACAGUCCAGCCCCCUGCCCCAGAAGAAGAGCAACCAAUCCUGACCCAACCUGAGCUACUAGGUCUCUUAGCGAGGAAUAAAAGGCGGUUGGAAUCAGUUUCCGAGUGCUCCACUAUGGACACCCUCUCAGAAACUGGGACAAACAACUCGUCAAGUCGUGGACGGUUCAAGAAACGAAAACGCAAUCUGACUGGUUGGCCCUCCAACAAGCCUCGAAAGAGGCAAGCCAAGCCAGCUCUGCCAGAAGAGAACUAUGUCGGAGUGGCGUUGAAGGUUUUGCAAACAAAAGGGACCAAAGAAUUGAAAGUGAAACCAGUGGUUGGCAAAAAGUCGGCGACUCCCUCGCCAAAACGAAGGGCUCGGACGGAGUCUCCUAAGAAGGCAAGUGGGAAUAGUGGACCGUCAGGCGCGCAGACUUCUCCUGUGCGCAAGAUGGUGAAUAAAAAAAGGACAUGCAGGGCGAGGACAAGAAACAGCACGUCUCUACGCAUGAGACGGUGAUUGUAGUUGUUUUUUUAAACUGGGUGUGGUCAUAGUUGAUGAAUUAAAAGAAAAAUUCUUCUUGUCAUUGUGUUCUCUUGGAUAUAAUUUAUCAAUAAUUGAUUAGCCAAUAUAAAGAAAGAAAUUUUCUGUUUUUAAGUUUCCCUCGACAUGUGUUCAUUAUUGCGGCUCCGCUGCAAAUUAUAUUAUUUGAAGUUGAUUACAAAAAUCUAACAGAAAUCUUAAAGAGCAAGAAGUAUUAUUAAUUGAUAUGUGAAAGAGAAAUCUCAUUGUUUGAGUAUUAUAAUCACUGAACUAUGCAAAUAAAUUAUUAUUUGUAUGUAUACAAUGUA